AUGCAAUUCUACAGCAUCCUCACCAUCAACCAGUCCCGUUCUGGUAUUAGAGACACUCUCAUUGCCGUAGUAGCGAAACUGAAUACCGCAUACACCCUCUUACUGCUCACAGAGACGUGGGCUACAUACGAGCAGGAAUCUUACUCGCCGUCUAUGCUGCAAUUGAUCAGUUACGGGGUCGUUUUCCUUCUCAUCGUAGCCCUCUUUCUUCUCCAUCCUGUGAAAAUGAUACACUCGUCAUCAUCGCAGGUCGUCUGGUCUGGACCCGAUACGGUCUUGGCGACAGCCUUGAUCUACGUCCUCGCCGCAUUGUACCAUGGGCCCGUUUUCAAUCCUCUUUGGCACAACACUUUCUACUGGACGGCUGCGGUCAUCGCCGUUGUUACAGCUAUUAGUAUUGACUUUCUCAUCCACAACGUACACGACAACGAAGAACAAGGUCAACGGAUGGAUCUUGAACACAAUCAAAAAUUGAAGAUAUCAGUAACAUGA